AUGGCCAUGAGCAAAGAAGGGUUUUCCAUUCUGAAAGCUGGUUUCCAGUUGUAUUGCGGUUUGGGCAGCUACUCCCUCUUGGCCUGUAAGAGCUACAGAGAUGCCCCCAGGGCCAGUUUCCCUUUGGAGCUCAUAUGCCUAAGGGUCUCUCAAUGUUUGCUGGAGGAGACACAAUGUAUUGUUGCCCAGGUAUAUUUUGAAAAGAUCUAUUUGGCCCUGGGCAUGGUGAAAGGCGAUGAUAUUUUUCGUCAGUUUCUCAAAAUUUACCCGGACAUUGCUUGGAGGGGUGGUUUUCUGGACAAGAACAAGCAGCUGAGAAAAGACUUCAAGACUAAGUGUACAGAAGCCAAAAAGCACUGCUGGUAUUUUGAAGGAUUAUAUCCAACAUAUUAUAUAUGCCGCUCCUAUGAAGACUGCUGUGGGUCUAGGUGUUGCGUGCGGGCUCUCUCCAUUCAGCGACUAUGGUAUUUUUGGUUUCUCCUGAUGAUGGGUGUUCUUUUCUGCUGUGGAGCUGGCUUCUUCAUUCGAAGAAGGAUGUAUCCUCCCCCACUAGUAGAAGAACCUACGUUCAACGUGUCCUAUACCAGACAACCCGCCAACCCUGCAGCAGGAGUGCAACAACCAGGGAUGCCAUAUUACACUGACCCCGGAGGAGCUGGGAUGAAUCAGAUGGCAAUGGCUUUCCACGUUCAGCCCAAUUCGCCCCAGGGAAAUCCCGCUUACCCUCCCCCGCCCUCCUACUGCAACACACCACCUCCACCCUACGAGCAGGUGGUGAAGUCUUCGAAGUAACAGCUCCGCUGCCGGGUGACGUGACACGGAGGUGCGGAAGGCCCCACUGCACCGCAGGAGGAGAAAGCAGGGCGGAGGGGUGGACUCCCU